CCAACACUGCCACCACCAAGAAAACCCCAACAAUCAAACAAACACCCAAAUGUUCUUCUACGCAUCCUCACCAAACCGCACAUCCGCCUACUCCAACGACCACCGCCAUUUCUACCGUGGCAUGCGUACAGCCUCCUCCCUCUACGACCAAAACCUCGGACCCUUCGGAAACGCACCCGUCAUCACCGGAUCUGUGCCACGAAAUGGAGGUGGGGGGCCGAGAGGAGGUGGGACUAGGGAUUGGUAUAACUGGGCGAACGCGGUGGAGCAGGCGACGGGGAUGAGACCAGUAUUGCCAGAAGAUCGGGAGCAGAGGAGGAGAGGGCCCGGGGGUGGUGGGGGCCGUGUUGCGCCCCCGACUGCGAGGGAUGCGAGUGUGUAUUUUGAUGAUUCGGCUCCUCCACGUUCGCCGACGCAGUCGCAACAGCAGCAAUAUAGACCACCACCGGGACCCCCGCCUCAAGCACAGCGACAGGGACAGGUUCCGCACCGAGCUGUGAGAUCGUUGGUCGAUAUCGCCUCAGCACCGUGUACCACACCCCGAGGGCCUGCACACCAGAGACCGGUACGAUCGAUGUUGGAUGUUGAACCACCGGGGCCGCCGGGUGGGAUGAAUGAUAAUUCUGGGUUGGCACCGCCGCCGAGUUAUGAGGAGGCGAUGCAUGAGGGGGCGGCGGAUCCCAGACGGAGGAGAUAGUGUGAAGAAGUGUAGGAGAGACUUGUGAGGAUGAGGUCUACUCGGAGGCAUGGUCAGGACGGUGUACGAUAUGAGUGUUUUAG